AAACCACAACUACCACGUUAACCUUAAGACAUCAUAAAAAUAAGAAUUUUUAAAAGCUAAUCCAAAAACUUAAAUCAUGAAACUUUAUAUUACAACCCAUAUAUGCAAAUAAUCAAAUGCAUCAUCUCUUGCUUCAAAUUGCUUCCUCAGAUUAAUGGAUGAGGAAGAUGAACCCUUUCUCCUCCAACCACUCAUACCCCACUAUUCCACUCUCUCCCCUUCCCUUUCACUCCAUCAACACCAUCAUCACAAUCUCAAACAUUUAUCCUCAGACACCACCAACAACAUCAUCGUCCGAAUCCUCUCGAUUCUCGUAAUAGCCAUAAUCUCAAUAUGGGCCAACUACGAAGCAUCCAAAACCUUCAACAUUUCAAUAGUAAACGACGCCAAAGAUUCCAUCGCAGGACGUCGUUUCGCUCUCUCCUAUGUCUCCAACGACAAAGCCACUCGCAUUAUCCUCAACACAAGCUCCUACGUGGAACACUUCCUUUACCCUAAUAAUAAUGUUUACCCAAAAAAAAACAUAGAUACCAUCACACUUCGCCUACCUCGCCGGAAUCUCAAUACCACCGUCGCCGUCUACAGUGUUGGAAAAAGUUCCAACUGCUAUGUCAUUGAGAUCACUCCCAUGUUACUCGAAGACAAAGGGUACGAUAAAAUGGCUAUAGUGGGUGCAAUUCUUCGUGGCAUGGCUAGGGUUUGGCUGUGGGACGGGGCCCCACAAGGGCUUGUCGAUGGCAUGGUCGAGUAUGUGGCGGAGAUGGCCGGUUUUCGCCGUGAGGGGGUGGCGGACGGCGGGAGCAUACCGGAAUGUGAGGAGGCUCGUGGUGGGGGCUGGUGGUGGGAGGGUAAGGACCCUACUCAUGUGGCACGUGUGCUGCAUUAUUGUGAGAAGUAUAAGAAGGGUUUCAUCCAACGGUUGAAUGAAGCAUUGAGGGACACGUGGCGUGAUGGAGUGGUGGAUGAGGUGUUAGGGAUGCCAAUUAUUGAGGUUUGUUGUCGUUUGUAUACUAAUAAUGCUUCUUGGGUUGGUUCUACCUCCAUGUGAAAUCGAGCUUGCAAGUGUUCCUUUUUCUUUUUUUCAUUUCUUGUUGAUAUGUUUAAAGAAAAUAUAUAUAUGUAUUAUUUCACACUAAAUCAUCCAUGAAUGAUAAAUUUGUUGACUUUUGU